ACCAAAAAGGUAUACUAAGUGGAUUUUUGAUAUUGAAUCUUUCAGGUUCAACUUAUUUCAUCUGUCUUUUGGAACUCCUCCGUCUGCAUAAUUAACCAAACCGCGUUUUUUGAUAUGUCAGAACAAGAAUAUGCGUAGUAGCAGCAAGAGUGUAAUAGCAUUUAUUUUUGUGAGCAUUUUCAUUAUUAAAGCGAAAAAUGGUAUUAAUGAUUUACCUUUAAACAUUUUCCAGAGAGAACCGUAUUAUUAUGCAAAAGAAAAAUAUGGUUCUGUUGACAUCGAGAAGAAUAUAGAUGGUCAGUUAGAAUGGGAAUAUCAAGAAGCUUUAAGAUUAUUAACCGUAAAAUUUUCACCGAAUAUUCUUCAGCUACACAGUAGAAGCAAACAGUUCUCACAUACAUCGACAAUGAAUGGUGAUGAUAUUGUUCGAAAUUUAACACAGUCGCUACAAAUGACACAGUUUUCAGCUGCAUUUAUUUCAACAGUUAAAAAGCAACUCAGUGAAAUAACGGAGACCCAUUUCAAACUCCACGCCGUUUCCAUGUGGCUGCGUGAUAUGAAAUUCAACGAGAUUGAUUGGCGGAAUGAAGAUCGUUGGCUACCAGAAAAAUUUCAAGCCAAUGAUGAUUUACAUAAUGAAGAAGAGUUAGACAAAAUUGACAUUGCACGACCACAUCUAUUUAAAGUCGAACGAGAAACAAUGAGUGAUAUUAAUUUGAAGCGUGAAAAACCUGGCUGGUAUAUUCGCCGUUAUGAACCUGACACAUGGUUUAAUCUUCUUCAACAAGCGUAUUAUGAUCACAAUGAAGGAUGGUUAAUAGAACGUCUACUACAUCCAUUUCGUACACACGUCGAACAACUACGUUUUCGUUUAACAGCUGCCUAUUAUUUUUGUUACUAUACAUUUCGUCAACAUCCUCUAUUGAAACAGUUAGAUAAACAAUGCGCACUAUUGAUUGGUUCAAGCUCAUUCGAACUUGAACAACAACGUUGGUCAUUCAACGGUGAUUUUAGUGAAAAUGGCUCAUUUGCUUGUGCUUAUCUAAGUUUUUGUCCUGAUCCAUGUUGUGGUCUGAUUACACAACGUCGAAUACGUUUAGCUCACACUAAACUGGUUGAGUUAGAAAAGGCCGAAAUGAAUCGUCUUGAGAAAAAACGAAAGUCACUUUUUGGC